AUGUCAGCCGAAAACACAAGACUGGUCCCGGUCCUUGACCGAAAGCUGGCCAUUGUAACCGGUGCAUCUCGAGGCAUCGGAGCAGCAAUAUGCGAGAACCUCGCCGGAAAAGGCUGCAGCCUUAUCAUGAACUACACCUCCGAUUCCUCAGCUGAAAAGACGGAAGAAUUGGCCAAACAGCUCCAAGACAAGUUCAACGUCCAGUGUCUCUCAGUACAAGCAGAUCUAGGAACUGAGAAUGGACCCGCUCACAUUGUCGAAAUGGCUCGCAACCACUUCUCCCACCCAAAGACCAAGAAAUUCCAGCUAGACCUCAUCAUCAACAACGCUGGUGUCGCCAGCAAGACGAAGAUUGAGGAUUGCACCUCGGAGGAAUUCGCUCGCUUGUACAAUGUCAAUGUUCGCGGACCGCUAUUGUUGAUGAAAGCUGCGUUGCCAUACCUCCCCCACGAUCGUAGUGGGAGAAUUGUCAAUCUCAGCAGUGUCAGUUCAUCUUUGGGCUUCGAGGAGGAUGGAAUGUAUGGAGGCACCAAAGCCGCUCUGGAAGCUAUGACGAGGACCUGGUCGAGAGAGCUUAGCGAAAGAGCGACUGUCAAUGCGGUUAACCCUGGACCGGUGGCGACUGAUAUGUAUGCUGGUACCACCAAGGAAUUUCAGGAGAAGAUGUCACACUUUACAAUCAACACGCCACUUGCUGCCAUUCGGCCAGAUGUUGAUCGUGAGGACUUGGUAAAGGGUGCAGAUAUUGCGGGCGGAAGACCGGGUUAUGACUUCGAGGUCGCUGGUGUUGUUGCCAUGUUGUGUACACCAGACAGUGCAUGGUGCACUGGCAGUGUCAUCUGUGCUAACGGAGGAUUCAAAUUCAGCGUAUAG